AUGACAUCCCGGAAGCCAACCCCGGCACCCAAUACAAAAUCAGACGCCCAAUGGCUAAUCGAAUUUGGCUAUCUCAACGGUUUCCACGAUUUCAUGCACGACUACGGUUUUAUAGACGAUGAGCAAGAUCGUCGUGAUGCUCUGAGUCUCUUUAGACAAUUCCGAAAGGAACAACAAGAAGCAUGGGAGAAAACGCAUCAUGGAGAGUUGAAAUCCGAGACGGUAGUUGAAAGUUCACGCACCUAUUCGAGAACUAGUGUGUCAAUAUAUUCUUCAAGUGAACAUAAUGUUCUGAAGAAACACAAGAGUACUAGUACUAGUACUGUCAAGGGGAAUAAGACACAGAAGUAG